UCUAUAUCUGUUUCGAAAUCAACUCUGCUGUCUUUUCUCAUCAAAUAAUUUAAUUUAUUUCGUUGUCAAUAUCUCAGAAUAAAACCAUCUAUAUUUCGACGAAUGUGUGUAUAAAAGUCCUUCUUUUUCUUUGUCCUGAUUUAGUUUUCUUUUUUGAAUCGGUCUGAACUCGGACAACUAAUCCGGCAUUUUCUCCUCGGUCUCUCUACUCUUCUCUUCAGUAUCGGAUCUGUGUCUCCUUCUCUUUCUUUUCAAGGUACAACAACAAGUUUCAAAUACUUUUCUAAUUUUAUUCACAACAUUUCCGUUCAGUUUUUUUUUCUUUUCGUAUUUGAUACGUUGAAAAAUAAUUAAUUUAUAUGUUUUCCCCUAAGUCACGGCACCGAAAAAAGCAAUAACACAGCUGUUCCUUGCUUCAUGUCCGAGAUUAGUUACCUACUUUUGACAGUAUCUUGAAUAAAAGCAACAACUAAACUUCAAUUCAAACUCUCUACUUUUAUUUUUAUCUAUGUAUACACCCACCACGUGAUUUUCGAUUCGAUAAUUAUCCAUAUUCUGCACUAAAGUAUUUUCUUUUAUUGAUUGAUAAAAAAUUUAAAGUUUGUGAUUUUAUUUUUUUGCUGAUUAUUAGUUUUUUUUUCCUGGAGACGACGCGUUAGCUGUAAUUCAAUAAUUUACUGGCUAUUAAACGCGUCACAAGCGUCAAUAUAAGACAAACUCACACAGAGAGACAUCUAGUUUGCACAUGCGUAUCAUUUCAUCUCUAUCGGUGAUAGAUCUUGAUUAGAGAUUCAAGACCUAAAAGAACUUCGAUUCUUGUCUGAAGUGUGAGGGCUGUGUUCUUUUUCGGUUUUGGUAUCUUUGUCUUGAGUGGAUAAUGGGAAUGAGUCUCGAUUUUGAUGUCGAUCUUGAGAAAGGAAUCGUCGAUGCACAAUCUUCGGAGGAGCCAAUGAUACCGAUGUCUACAGAUAACAAACCGGUUACCGGAGAAGAAACCGUUGGUUCGUUAGAAAACAGUGCGGCUCCGGUUCAGUCUGCGAAACCGGGAUGGGGAAGGAGCGAUAGGAAGGAGAACCGCAAGAAAUCGGCGUCGAAGCCUCCCCGGCCGCCGCGUGGACCGUCGCUAGACGCAGCUGAUCGGAAACUGAUAAGAGAGAUCGCUGAGUUGGCGAUACUGAAACGCGCGAGGGUCGAACGUAUGAGAGCUCUGAAGAAAUCGAGAGCGGCUAAAGCUGCGUCUGCGGCUUCAUCUCUCGGCAAUGUAUUGGCCACGCUUCUCACCGUUAUAUUCUUCUUCGUCCUCGUUUUGCAAGGAUUUCCACCGAGAGCAGCCGCUAGCUCCGGGAGAUCUCCGUUAGUAGACACCGGAAAAGCUAAUGGUGGUUUUGUUUCGGUUCAAUACGCGGGAAAUCCGUCUGCGAGUGAACCGGAUGGUGGUUAUACCGGUUCGGGUUUAGCACAGAGAUUGCCGAAUUUACCAAAACCAGUUUCCGGUUUGAAAAGAAGAUGAAUAGAGUUUCACAAUGAAGCGUAAACCAAAGAGCUGGAAUUGGACAAUUUCAUCACUGGUUAUCGAACCAUUUGUCGGUUUAGAUUGUCGGUGCUUCGGUGGAUCAUGUACUCUACUCGUACACAGAUAAAUUUUUGGGGGCAAAAACAAUAAACUAUCCGAUGUGGGUAAGAAUUGUUUUGUAAUGUUUUUUUCCUAGAAAUAAUAUGAGAGAAGUUACAAAAAUAAAAUAAAAUAAAAUUAGUGUUAUACAUC